AUGGGCAAGUACGACAACUACGACUACGACAACCAGGCCAACAGCUACGAUGACCGUGCCUCGGUCUCGGAUGUCGCCUACAAGACAAAGGAGUACCCUUCCUACAAGCCUGCCGGCCCCAUCUCGUCCGUGCACCAGCCCAAGGCCACCACCUUCACCAUCCCUUGUCACCACAUCCGCAUCGGUGACUUGGUGAUCCUCCAGCACAGGCCUUGUCAGAUCAUCCGCAUCACCACCUCUGCCCAGACCGGCCAGCAUCGUUACCUCGGUGUUGAUCUCUUCACCAAGCAGCUUCACGAGGAGCCUUGUGUCGUCUCGCACCCUUCGCCUUCCGUCGUCCUGCACUCGCUUCUCGGCCCCGUCUUCAAGCAGUACCGUCUCAUCGACAUCCGCGAUGACGGUAAGCUCGUUGCCAUGACCGAGACCGGCGAGAUCAAGCAGGGACUCAAGGUCGUCGACCAGGGCCACCUCUGGGGACGCCUGAAGGAGGCCUUCGGACGUGGUUCCGGAUCCGUCCGUGUCCUCGUCGUUGCCGAUGCCGGCAAGGAGCUCGCCGUCGACUACAAGGUGGUUCACCUUGCACACAAGUUGUAA